AAAGAGAAACAACAAAAAGAAGAAAAGACAAGUAGAAGUAUUACAAAUUAUUCAGGUUUAUUUUGUGACCUUUUUCUCUCUUUUUUUGCAAUGGCUUGCUACACUUUAAUGAAGGCUUUGCUCUGGCAUUCCCUUUCUGCUCAUCUGUCAUUCGCAGUCACACACAAGCUCCAGUACUUUUACACUGCAGUCACACCAGGAACAAAUUUCCCAGAGUACACUGAUGUUGGUCUGAUUGAUGGAGAGCCAUUUGUGUACUAUGACAGCAACAUAAAAAAAUACAUCCCAAAAACAGAGUGGAUAAAGAAGAUAAAUGAUUCUGAUGCAGACUACUGGAACAGUGAGACACAGAAUCAGCAAAUUGCACAAAAGAUCUACAAAGAAGAUAUGAAGACACUAAUGCAGCGCUUUAAUCAGACUAAAGGAGUUCACACACUACAGAGGUCGUACGGCUGUGAGAUUGAUGAUGACGGGACUGUUAGAGGAUAUGAUCAGUUUGGUUAUGAUGGAGAAGAUUUCAUCAGUCUGGAUCUGAAAUCUGUCACCUGGACUGCAGCUAAACCUCAGGCUGUUAUCACCAAAUACAAACUGGAUGCUACAGGGACUGCUCAUGCUGACAAAUACUAUCUGGAGAACAUCUGUAUCGAGUGGUUACAGAAGUAUGUGUCUUACGGCAGAGAGAUUCUGGAGAGGAAAGUUCGUCCUGAGGUAUCCGUCUUCCAGAAACACUCGUCUCCAGAGGUGGUGUGUCACGCUACAGGGUUCUUCCCUAAAAGUGUGAAUAUCACCUGGCAGAAGGAUGGAGAGGACGUGUAUGUGGGUGUGGAGCUCAGUGAGACGUUACCCAACCACGAUGGAAGUUUCCAGAAGAGAAGCGUUCUGAAAGUCCCAGCUGAGGCGCUGCAGAAACACAACUACACCUGUGUGGUUCAGCACAGCAGCUUGGAGGAGGAGAUAGUGAGGCUUGUGAGCCAAAUCCUGAGAGGUGGAAGAGUGUAUGUAGUGUUUGGUAUCGUAUUUGCUGCAGCUGUGGUUCUUGUUGCUGUUGUUGGAAUUCUCAUCUGGAAAAAGAAGAAAUCUGACUUCAAACUAGAGCCCUGCACUCCUGCGGGAGUCCCACGGGACUCGCGGGACCCGCCGCAAAGCAGUGUGGCGUGGGACAAAUUUUGAAAGCUCAUUGCGGGCACGGGCGGGACCGGAAGUGCACAUAUGCGCGCAGGAGCGGGAGUGCACAUAUGUGGCGUGGGCGGGAGCGGUGAUAAGCUGCAGUCCUGCUAACUAAAAAUGUGUUUGAAAUAAAAUGUAUAAAUUAUUAAUUUAUGUCUAUCAUAUAUAAUUUGUGCUGGAUAUUUUAUUUGGUAUUAAUAAAAACAUUUCAAGAUGCCUAAAUUUGCAGAGAGAGUUAGCCCAUGUUUACAUUAGACCGUAUCAGCGGAUCAUCAGAUUAAUGUUUUUAAAACGAUUAGCGUGCACACAGCAACACCAAUACACGAUUUGCGUGCACACAGCAACACCAAUACACGAUUUGCGUGCACACAGCAAUGCCAAUACACGGAUACGCUCGGCUCCGCAGGCAUCCUGCGCUCCAAAUCACUCCGCCCUGAACAGCGAGUGCCCUCUGGAGGGUGCGCACUCCGGCCCUGCGCAGCUCACAGAGCGCGCGAGUGAAGUGAACAAGCUGUGAUUCGGGACUGAGCCGCUGUUUGUGUGAUCCCAGCGCACAUCACUUACCACUUGCAAGUGGAAGGAUGGCAAGCCUAAAGACAAUCAUAACUACACAAUGGGCAGUAUUUGCAUC